AUGAUAUUGAAGAAGAACCAAGAAAUUGAUGUUUUAUAUAAGCACCUUAAUUCUGGGAAAUAUGCGAGGUACACUGCUGAACAGGUUGAAGCUCUUGAAAGGGUCUAUGUUGAGUGUCCAAAACCAAGUUUUCUCAGGAGGCAACAACUGAUCCGAGAGUGCCCCUUCAUUCUAACAUUGAACCAAAGCAAAUCAAGGUGUAGGGAGAAGCAGAGAAAAAAAGCUUCGCGGCUUCAAACUGUGAACCAGAAGCUUACAACAAUGAAUAAGUUGUUGAUGGAAGAAAAUGAUCGGUUGCAGAAACAAGUGUCACAGCUUGUGUGUGAGAAUGGUUACAUGAGGCAGCAAUUGCAAAUUACAUCAGCUGCAACUAUUGAUGUUAGUUGUGAUUUGGUGGUUACUACUCCUUAUCAUUCCAUGGUUGAAAAUUAG